UCCCUGUCCAAAUGUUCUUAGGGUGUCUACUCUGACUCAGUCUAAACAUGUUCAGUCAUGUUCAAACGCAGAAACAAUUCCUCAAUAAACGCCACAAACAAAUGGUUUAGUGUGACUUGGUUUCUGUCUCCUGUCACUUGACUUCUCUCUCCGUCUGAGUCAUCCUUCUCGGAAGUGCAGUUGAAUUGCAAGAUACAAGAUUCAGCUGGACUUGAAACUGGACAGAUUUCCUCCCAGUGAGCAGUCUGAAGCCUGUCAGCAGCUUGGAGCGGAGCUCGCUGUGCACACGGGACCGAUCGUUAAUAAGAAACAUUUUAUAUCAUCAACAUGGAUUUCUCAGAGGAAGACUACGACUAUGAAAACACCAGCUACAACUUCACCUAUGAUGAUUAUCCUGCUGUAUGCGAGAAAGGGGACAUCCGAUCUUUUGCAGCCCUCUUCCUGCCCAUCAUGUACACCGUGUGUCUGGUGGUGGGACUGGCUGGAAACGUUUUAGUCGUGGCUGUCUAUGCCUACCACAAACGCCUGAAGACCAUGACAGAUGCCUUCUUGACCCACCUGGCUGUGGCCGACUUGCUCCUGCUCCUCACGCUCCCUUUCUGGGCUGCUGAUGCUGCAAGGGGCUGGGAGCUAGGGGAGGUUGUUUGUAAAAUCGUGUCUGCCUGCUACACCGUGAAUUUCACCUGCUGCAUGUUGCUGCUGGCGUGCAUCAGCUUGGAUCGUUAUUUAUCUCUGGUCAGAGCACAGGGUAGAGACCGAAGACAAUGGCUACAGAGGGCGUUCACGAGGAAAUGCUGUUGGAAGGUGUGUUUAGCUGUUUGGGUGACAGCUUUCCUCCUUGGCCUUCCUGAUUUAAUACUCUCAGAAGUGAGGCAGGCAUCUGAUAGAAGUGUCUGUCUAGCCAUCUAUCCUUCAUCUAUGGCUCGAGGAGGUAAAGCUGUCCUGGAGGUGGUCGAGGUGUUGCUGGGAUUCCUACUUCCUCUGCUGGUCAUGGUGACCUGCUACUGGCAGGUGGGCUGUGCACUCCGGGGCCUCCCUGAUGAGAGCAGAGGGAAGAAGUGGAAAGCUCUGCGUGUCCUUCUCAUUGUCGUAGGGGUGUUUGUGAUGACUCAGCUGCCUUACAAUGUGGUUAAGGUGUAUCGGGCAAUGGAUACAGUCUACAGCUUAGUAACCCACUGCGGGGCGAGUAAGGUGCUUGAUCAGGCGGCUCAGGUGACGGAAAGCCUGGCUCUCACUCACUGCUGUCUGAACCCGAUCCUCUAUGCCUUUGUGGGGUCUUCCUUCAAGAUGCACAUGAUGAAAGUGGCCAAGAAGUUUGAAGCGAAGCGAAGGAAGAGGGGAAGCAAAAUAACAGAAACAAAUGUGGAGGAGGGGAUGGAAAUGUCAUUCAACUCCCACACUGCAUCCCAAGAGACAAGAGACACAUUCUCAAUAUGAGACAUGACUGAAAUGUCAGUGAGGUCUAUGUGUCUAUAUAUGCACACACAAGGUCCAGCAGGAGAGCAUAUAAAGCUUUUGUUGAUGCAGGGUGUAGCAGCAGUAGCAAAAUGCUUGCAAAUCAUUAAACUGUUCAAAAAUUCCACUAGUUUUAGCAGUGUGUUCCUAAAAACAGUUUUAUUGGCAGAUCUUUUUCUGCCAAAGCGAACAGUUUAUGUGCUGGUUCCAAAGGGCUCCAAUAUAUAUUACUUUUUUUUUGCCCUCUGUUGAAGAGAAAAGAAAAUCACUUCAGGCACAUAUGUUGUAUGAAAAGACCUGCUGAGACAGUUUGUAGUUACUCUUUGCAGGAGUAGAUGUAUUUAUUUACAGUAGUAUCCAUAAGUGUUUGGACAGUGACAUCCACCACAGUGGGUUCACUGAGAUCUAAUUCAAGUAUUGCAUUAACUUUUCAAGAAUUACGGACAUUCUUAUACACAGUGCACCGUUUUCAAAAUCUGAAAAUAAAUUUUUUGAUUUUA